GUUUUUGCAAAGUUAACCUUAAAAUUAAUGGAUCAUUAUAAAUUAAUUGCAAUUAUAAAAAAUUACCCGCAAGUUUGGGACCGGAACAAUGAGUUUUUCAACAAGAAGGAUAUGAAGGAGACUGCCUGGAAAACUAUUGCGACCCUAAUGGGAACUACAAGUGAUGCUUGUAAACAAUCGUUUAAAGGACUGCGUGAAAAAUAUAUACGCGAACGGGAAAAAACAGCGGAAAAUAAUUCCACGUCAAAAUCAUGGGAAUUGUUAAACUAUUUGAGUUUCCUGGACCCUCACAUAAUAGAGCGGCAAAAACAUUCCAUAUACAACAAUUUCUCAAAAGAUAACCCUUUGUGCACUUCUCCGGAUUUUUCAUCUUUAAAUAACGUGCCUGCAAUGUCGAAUUCUUUCGACAAGAAUUUGAUUGCUUUCGUGAGGGAUACGGAACAUAUUUGGAAUAGAAAUUGUAACACGUACACGAUGAAUAGGCAAAUUAAAAACGAAUUAUGGCAAAAAAUAGGCAAGAAAAUGAACAAGGAUGCGCAUUAUUGCAUGUUGAGGUGGAAGGCGUUAAGAGAAAAAUACAUACGGCAAAAAAACAAAUUCCAACAAGUCGGAGAGCAAAAAUGGGAGCUACUAGAUGACAUGAAGUUUCUGGAUGGUGUGAUCCUCUACAGAAGAAAAGUUAACGAAAUGGAACCAAAUUGUAGCUCAUCAUUAAACCAUAUGGACUCCAAAAAACAGGAAAGUGAAGGAGGUUACUAUUACUCGGGAAGCGAAGAUAACUCUUACAACGACUCAUCAAACGACUUCACGAUAAAAGAAGAACUAAGAGAAAAUUUUGACCUAAACCUACAAAAGUCCUACCAAAAACCUGAUAGUUCUUUGAGCAGCACAGCGGCGAGAAAAAGGACCAGCAGCGAAACCAGCGAAACCCCGCCACUGGUUAUAGAUAUUAAGAAACAAAAAAACCCAGAGCCGCCGGAAGAACAGACGCCGGAAAAAUUGUUCGGCGAUUUGGUGGUUUUGAUGCUAAGAAAAAAGCCGGAAGCUGAACGAAAUUUGGCUAUGAAUGAGAUCAUGAAAAUAUUGUUCAAGUGAAGUGUACAUUUUUUAACGUAAUUUUGCCUGUUUACCAAUUUUUAGAACAAGGGUAGAUAUUUAAAUGUUAAUUACUGGUUUUCAAAUGUUAAAUCUAUUAAAACAAACACUAUGUAUUAAUUAGUGAUGCAACGGAAAUGUGCAUAACAGAAGUGGAAAUAGUAAAUUUUUGCGGAAGCGAAUGCGGAAGUAUACCUAAAUACUACAAGUUUUUAUCAAUUUUUAUUUUUCUCGCUUCUUACGGUGACGUGCCGGCUUACUAUGUUCCCCACUUCGUCCGCGCCUCCGGUUCAAUUAGCUAAUAAACGCGCUUAUCGUCAAUCUUGCCAUUUCUAAAAAGUUUCGAUAAACUUCCGAUAUAAAAAAUGCGGAACCAGAUGCAAAACCGUAUGUGAAAAAGUAUGCAGAACUUCCGCAGCUGCUAAAGCGAAAGCAGAGGCCUUUUGCAACAAUAGUAUUUAUAUGGCUUAUCUACCCUUGUCCUUUAAGUAAGCCAUGCAUUUUUACCUAAAAAAUUAAAUUUGACCAGUGUUUUAAAAGUUAUAAUUUAUUUUUUAAGAUUGACUGAUAUAUAUUUAUUAUUUUGUAGGAUAAAUACAUUAUUUUGUUUAUUCCUAACUUGUAAAUAAAAUUACUUGUAUGCUGA